AUGGCAAACUCUGAAACACCUUCUGAAAAUUCUUCUGAGAGAGCUUCUAUGGCUAAUCCUCCUAUGUCGAAUCCUUGUGAUGAUUCCUUGAGCCAGUACUAUCUUCAUCCUUCUGACAAUCCAGGAGCACUUCUCGUGUCUGAAAUCUUUACAGGUGAGAACUAUAUUGCAUGGAGUCGAUCGAUUGCAAUUGCACUCACUGUCAAGAAUAAAAUCUCCUUUAUUGAUGAAACUCUACUUCAACCUAGAAUUGAUACUGAUUCUAGACUUCGAAUUGCUUGGCUAAGAGCAAAUAAUCUAGUGCUCUCAUGGUUAAUGAACUCAAUUUCCAAAGAAAUUCAUGGCAGCCUUCUUUAUUUUACAACUGCUUUGGACAUUUGGGAGGAACUAAAGACAAGAUAUCUUAGAAGUGAUGGUUCGAGAGUUUUCUCUCUGGAAAAAUCUCUCAGUUCCAUUUCUCAAGGUUCUAAAAAUGUUAAUGAGUAUUUCAGUGAGUUUAAAGCCUUGUGGGAUGAAUAUAUCAGUUAUCGACCUAUUCCAAGUUGUAAAUGUGGAAAUCUUGGUAGGUGCACAUGCAAUAUUCUCAAGAAUCUCACAGAUUGA